GCUGUGCUUUGCUGAGCUUUUACUUGCCCCUGCCUGCGCUUGUGCUUGUGCGCUGCUGUUUGUCCAAGGCCGAGCUUUCGGCGUCGUCCUAUGCAGAUGAAGUAGUCUCUCCAGCUGCUGGGUUGUGUUUUGUACUGGUUAACAUAAUCUCGUGUUUGGCAAAAGGCCGGGUGGCGAAUGGCUACCACAAUCUCUCCCGCCCUCACAAGGGCGAAAGCAGCUGCAAAAGCGAAGGUAGGCAAAAAUGGCCCAGGGGCCGUAAAGAAGGUGGCUUCAGGGCAGAAGAAGCGCAAGGAUAUCCCUGUCGAGCCACUAGAAGAGCCGCCUGCCAAAAGGUCCGCCGUGCAGAAGGAAGCACCAGUUACCAAGGUCCUGAAGACCAGCAGUAAGGAUGUCUUGGAGGGGAAGAAAGCGAAAGGAAGCAAAGCUGCAAAGAAGAUCAAAAGAAAUGUUGGAGAGGAUACAAGAGCGGUAGAAGUCUCCGAGCUGGCGGGCAGCGAUGGCCUGGGUGCCAUGGACGUUGAGGCCCCCAGCAUUUCGCAGGAGCUGGCUGGCACUAGCCCUAAAAGCGAUGCAGGUGGUGGUGGCAGAUUAGGGGUGGCGACGAAGGCACGGAAAGGGAAGAAGGAAAGCAAGGAGGAAGAAGCCAACGAUGGCUUGCCUGAGAAAAGAAAAGCCAGCAAGAAACAAAGGGUAGCUGCGGAAGUGCCAGUGGCAACCAAAGAGCUAAAUAAGACUAAAAAGGCGGCUAGCAAGGUUGUCGAGCAGCCCAUGGAAGACGAUGUGGAUGUUGUCGAGGUUCCAGAACGGCCUUCGAAAGCAGCAGCCCUGUUUGAUGAUGAAAGCGAGGAGGAGGAGACGGGGCCUUUGGGCGGGGGGAAGAAGAAGAAGGGGUUCAGCGAUGAGAAUGCGAAGUGGUUAAAAGCAAAGGCGGGGGAUGACUGGGGCGAUGCGGAGAGUGACGAGGGGAGUGACGAGGGGAUGGACGAUGACGAAUUUGACGAGGACAGCGAAGGGGAGAUGGACGUGGAGAAGAAGUCAAGGAAGCUUGAUGCGCAGCGGGCGAGAGAGGAGGAGGAGGCGGCAGCUGAACUGCAGACCAACAUAGAGGACACCACCGAGAUGUUCGAGCUGCCCACAGAAGAGGAGCUGGCAGAGGAGCAGCAGGGUGCCCCUCCGUUGCCCAAGCUGCAGGCGCGCAUCCGCGACGUCGUGCGCGUACUGUCCAACUUCAAGGUGCUGCGGCAGCCUGGUGUGGCGCGCUCCGAGUAUGUGGCGCGCCUGGCGGCGGACCUGGCGGCCUACUACGGCUACAACGAUUUCCUGCUGGAUGCGUUUUUGCAGAUGUUCCCCGUCGCAGAGGCGCUCGAGUUCCUGGAGGCCAACGAAAAGCCACGGCCUGUCACACUUCGGACCAACACUCUCAAGGCGCGCCGUCGCGACCUGGCGGCGACCCUGAUCAACCGGGGCGUGAACCUGGACCCCUUGAGCACGUGGUCCAAGGUGGGCCUGGUGGUGUACGAGUCGCAGGUCCCCGUGGGCGCCACCCCCGAGUACAUGGCCGGCCAGUACAUGCUGCAGAGCGCCGCGUCGUUCCUGCCCGUCAUGGCAUUAGCGCCCCAGGAGAAAGAGCGCAUCGUGGACAUGGCAGCGUCGCCAGGCGGGAAGACCACAUACAUAGCAGCGCUCAUGCGCAACACAGGCGUGGUGUUCGCCAACGAGUUGAAGGCGCCUCGACUCAAGUCGCUGACAGGCAACAUCCACCGCAUGGGCGUGACCAACGCGGUGGUGUGCAGCUACGACGGCCGCGAGCUGCCCAAGAUCCUGGGCGCGCACUCCCAGGACCGCGUCCUCCUCGACGCGCCAUGCAGCGGCACAGGGGUCAUCGGCAAGGACCCCUCGGUCAAGGUCAGCAAGUCCGAGAAUGACAUCUACAAGUGUGCGCACCUCCAAAAGGAGCUGUUGAUAGCGGCGAUCGACCUGGUGGACGCCAACAGCAAGACCGGCGGCUAUGUGGUCUACUCCACGUGCUCCGUCAUGGUCAUCGAGGACGAGUCCGUUAUCGAUUAUGCGCUCCGCAAGCGUGACGUCAAGGUCGUCCCCUGCGGCCUCGACUUCGGCCGCCCUGGGUACACCAAGUUCCGGGAGCACCGCUUCCACCCGUCCAUCGCCAACACGCGCAGGUUCUUCCCGCAUGCGCACAACCUCGACGGCUUCUUCGUUGCCAAGCUGAAGAAGCUGAGCAACAAGAAGAAGAGAGUCAAGGACGAGACCAAGGCCUCUGCUGCGCACACAGCCGCGGGCCAAGAAGGGCAAGACGAGGACGAGGAGGAAGAGGAGCGCGAAGAGGGGCCGGUGCCGGAGACAGCCGCGGAGGAUGGGGGGGCGGAGGAAGACGCGGGGGUGUCAAAGGAACCGGUCACGGAAGCAGAGGGCCCGGUCGAAAGCAGGGCGGGGAAGAAGGGCCAAGAACGCGGGGGGGAGCAUAGAAAGCAGGGCGGAAAGUCGAAAGGGGAGAAGAGUCAAAAGAAGAAGGCAGAGCCCAGGCCCGCAGGUGACGGGAAGAGUAAGCAGGGCAAGAAGGCAAAGACGAAGUGAACGUAAAGGCCGUCCUUUGUAAACCGCCCUACCUUUUGGCGCUUUUCGGAUUGUUACCAUCUCAAUACGCGAUGUUUGUGAUUGUGUCGAUGCUCGGGGUUCGGGUCACGGGUGCUCUGGAAACACGCAUCCUUUCUCUGGU